AAGAAAGUAUUUCCAGAAAAUUCUUGCAAUUUCAAGUUUAUUCUCAUAGCAGCUAUUUGUUUCUCGAUUGAGUGAGCUUUCUUAUAAAAUAAGCUAACUUUCAAAUUAUGUCGCAUUACAAUAAAAGUUCUGAUCGAAGUGUUCCGUUUUCAACUUCUCGUGACAAUUCUACUUCUGAGUAUUUUCCGCUCUCUUCGCAAUCACCGCGACUUGGUAAUUCAUCAUUCAACUCUACUCGUAACAAAAUUUUCAAUAAUUUGAGUGAAUUUGAAGAUCAACUUCCAUCAAACAAAAUGUUCGUGGAUAGAAGUCCAUUUGGUUCUUCUUUUGAUCAUCCUCGAAUGAUGUCAGGGUCUCGAAAUCUUGACAUGUCUAACUCUUUUAGAGAUGAAAUGGAUGAUCAAGUAAACCACCAUCCAAGAGUUUUCAACAUCCCUAUUCAAGUCGAAACACCAGAGGGUUUCGUCCCUCUUGUAAGAUCUAACAGCAAUGCUGGUUCACAUUUUGCUGGCAAUCGGGGUAAUAUGAGUAAAGAUCCUGUUGCUUCGGACUUCACUUAUGGCAGUCCUUCUGAGAGACCAGGGUACAUUCAUCAGCGACCUGUUAAAAGUCCAACUCCUCCACCUAAACCUAAAUUCAGUCGAAAUCGUCCAGAAUUUCAUAAUCAUCAUCAAUCUUACCAACAUAACCCUGAACCAUACUCUCAUAGUCAUCCUCGCGUUCACUCGAUCCCAGUUAAAAUCGAAAGAAGUGGCAAAUCUCAACAACCUACUAGAAACGAUUCAAAUAGCCCUCAACCAUAUGACGAAGUUAGUCAUCCUAACUCUCCUAACUAUGACACUUUUUUCGGUGGUAGACGAUCUCGUUCAUCUUCCGAAUCUGAAUCUCAUCAACCUGAUGUAAACCGUUCUGUAAAUAUUCCAAUCCAAAUUGUGAAAACUCAAUCGAGUGAACCGCAAAAUGCUUCUAAAGAGCCUAAUCAACCAGUCAAUCCACCUAAUCCACCUCAACCUUGUGAAAAUAAGGAAAAAACUCCGCCUGAUCCUAUUGAACUCAUAAAAGACAUCGAAAAAGAAGCCUGUAGGUUAGAAAAAGAAGUCAUCGAAUUCAAUGGAGAAUACUUGGAUAAGAAGUAUAGAUAUUUAGAUGAGAUGCUAACGCGAUGCAUGUUAAAGCUUGAUUCAAUUGAUUCCAAUGGACGUGAUGAAGUUCGAAUGGCUAGGAGAAGUACCUUGGCUCAUGUUGACCAUUGUCUAGCAAUUUUAGAGGGUAAAGUGAAUAAGCCAAAGCCUGAAGAAAAUCUCGAUGAACCGACAAACCAAUGUAAUGAGCAGGCUGAAACAGCUACUAUGGAGUCUGAACCUGUCCAGCAGGUAAACGAAGAAUCAAUUUCUAAUGAAUCGCCAGCCUGUGAGAUGACCGAGGACCAGAAAAAUGAUAUGAUGGAAACAGAAAAUAAUUCCGAUGAAGCUAAUAUUAGUGCGGCCGACGAACAAGAGCCUAAGUCUACACCAGAAAGUGAUAAUGUCAACACUGAUGAGUCGACUUGUAAACCUGAUGAGGUGUCAUUUGACCAGUUAGAUUUAGAGACAUCCUCAGCUGACUCGGCUAGAGUGUAUCUUGACGACACAGCUCAUAACUCUCAGAGUGAACAAAUGAGCCAGGAUCUAGAAGCCAAUGAAUCUGAUAAUUCUCCACAACCAAAGGUCGAAUUUCCUCCUGAUGAUAAUCUGGAUGAAUUGGUGGACAAAGAGUCUAUGGAUAUCGAAGUCAAAGCAUCACCUGAUUCUGAAGAAGCUUCAAAUGAGCAUGAACAAUCAAUUAGUUCCACAACCGAAGCUUUAGUUACCGAGGAAAAGUCUAACAACGAAUAUCGUGUUGAAAAUACUGAAGUUCAAGAACCAGACUCUAGUUCUUCACCAAUUACCAACAACUCUAUAGAGAAACAGAAAAAGAUUGAUUAAUUUGAUUACUUAUAAGUACAAAUCUACUUCAUCAAUCUUUAAUUACAUGCAAUGUAAUUUUUACUUUCCGAAAACCACUAUUAAGGUUAUGUAAACAAGAAUGAGCAUUAUUGUUUUUGUUUAUUUAUUUUCUGUAAAUAAUUUUAAAUUAUGUAUCAAAAAUUUCAUCAAAUCUAUUCACAUUUGUUAACGAAAUUUCCUGAAUGCAUCUAAAAAGUCACUAAAAAUUUGUUGUUCCAAUGAAAGUCAUUGUCAUUAUCAAAUGAAUAAAAAUUUCA